AUGGAUGCUCAUUCUAUGUCCGUCACCAGCGCCGCAGGCAAGAAAACGUCGAGGAUAUACCAGGACCUCAAAACCUCCCGGCUUUACGGUGUCUCGUCAAGGAGGCAGAGUAUCAUGGAUAGUGUCCUAAAGCUCGAGACCCUUGACCCGAGUAGAAGACCACAUGUCGGGAUAGUUGGUGCUGGCUUUGCCGGGCUCAAGUGCGCCGAUGUGCUGCUCCGAAAUGGCUUCCGCGUCACAAUGUUGGAAGCGAGGAACCGUCUCGGUGGCAGGAUUUUCCAGGAGAGGUUACCCAAUGGCCAUUUGAUAGACAUCGGUGCGAAUUGGAUUCAUGGUACGACCGAGAACCCAAUCAUGGAUUUGGUCAAGGAGACCAAGACGACGGUUGGCGUCUGGGAUAACCACUCGUGCAUUUAUGACGAGGAUGGACGGCUGCUUCCCCUCGAAGAGGGAGAGAAGUACUCGACCCUGAUGUGGGACAUCAUCGAGGAUGCUUUCGAGUAUUCCAACAAGCAUGGCGCGAAUAUCGACCCUGGGAGGUCACUGCUGGAUUUCUUCCAGGAGCAGGUUGUGAAGAGGAUACCGGACACCCAGGAGGACUAUCAGAGGCAAAGGCGCCUCCUCCUCCACAUGGCCGAAUUAUGGGGUAAUUUUGUCGGCAGCCCUCUUAGAACCCAGAGUCUCAAGUUUUUCUGGCUGGAGGAGUGUAUCGAGGGCGAAAACCUCUUUUGCGCAGGGACAUACAACAAAGUUCUGGAGAAGGUUGCUCAACCGGCCAUCGACGGUGCAGAUAUCCGCUACAAAACCCGCAUCUCCGAGAUCUACGGCAAGUCUAUGGCACAAAAUAACAUGGCCAGGGUUAAGACCGCCGACGGCCAAGUCCUCGAGUUUGACGAAGUUGUCGUCACUUGCCCGCUGGGCUGGCUCAAGAAGAACCUGCAAGCCUUCUCCCCGCCUCUGCCUGACCGGUUAUGCCAGGGAAUCCAAAACAUUGGCUACGGCAGCCUAGAGAAGGUCUACAUUUCCUUCGGCACCGCCUUUUGGCUCAGCCCGUCCCCGGGCGAGAGCCGCAUAGUCCAAGGCUUCUGCCAGUGGCUCGCCCCAAAUUAUGCACAGGACUCCAACCCUAACCGCUGCCUCAGCGAAAUCGUCGAGUUGGGCUCGCUCGGGGCCGCAGCCCAUCCGACCCUGCUAUUCUACCUCUACGGCGAGCAGUCGCAGCAUCUCACCUCUAGCCUCCGCUCACUCCCUUCGCGAAAGGAGAAAGAUUCGUUCAUCUACGACUACUUCAAACCAUACUACUCCCGCCUCCCCUCCUACGAUGAGUCCAAUGCGGACUGUCAGCCCACGGCAUGCUUCGCCACAGAUUGGCUGGACGAUGAUCUGGCGGGGAACGGAAGCUACAGCAACUUCCAGACUGGCCUUCUCGAAGGCGACAAGGACGUCAUCGCGAUGCGGAGUGGCGUGCCCAAGGAGGGGAUCUGGCUCGCGGGGGAGCACACCGCACCGUUUGUGGCGCUGGGGACGGUGACGGGUGCCUACUGGAGUGGCGAACACGUUGCCCGGAGGAUAACGCAGGGAUACUGGAGGGGAAGGGAGAAGGAGAAAGAGAGAGGGGUUGUUGGGGUUGUGGUUGACGGGGAGAAAGGCGCCGAGAUACAGGGUUAG